UUGUAAACUAAAUGAAUACUCAUAAAAAAGUCAGUUCGUUUGAGACUACCGAGAAAAUGAUAAGACUAAAAAUCUUGAAUUAAUGCGGUAUAACCAACUUAAUUAUACAUUAAUUCGCAAACACUUUUUUCAAUUACAAUUAUUAUGGCACACUCGAUAAAUCCUUCAUUGAUAUCUGAUAUUGAAUAUAUUCAUCAAUUGGUAUAUGAACUAAGACUUAAUGAACUACAAAUAAUAUUGGAAUCGUUUAAACAUAACAAAACGGGCAGCAAACAAUCUUUGCGAAAAAGAGUUUUAAAUCUUCUAACAGGUCCCAAUUCUAAGACUAGAUCUUUAAAACAAAAAAUCUUACAAAUAUAUGACUCUAGACAACCACAACAUUCAAGUUGUACACGACAGCAUCAACAAUUACCACAACGACUUCAACAAAUUCAACAUCAGCAAAACUUUCUACAAGGUUUUUUUCUUCAGCCAUCACAUCCAAUGCCUGUUCCUACUACUAAUGAACUAUCAUCCACCACAGACACAAGUUUUGAAAAUUUACCUUUCUAUCAAAUGAUGGAUACAUUACUAUCACCUAUGCAUUGUCAAAAUACGGCCGACAAAGGUAAUUUCACUGGUCUCUUUUAUCUCGCUGAUAGUGUGAGACAUUCAAUAGUCAAAUCUUGGAACAUAGCAAGACAAGAAUAUAAAAUACAAAUAAUAUUGAGAUUGGCCCAAAUUGAUCGUAAUGAAAAUGUUACUGAACGAUUACCUUAUAACAUUAAUGUUUCUGUUAAUGAUCGGUUAUGUAAACUACCAACAUUAAAUAUUCCUACUAAGGCGGGAGUAACUCCUUGGCGAUGCAAUGUCCCUAUUGAUAUCACACAACAAACAGAUUUAAGAAAUUGUUUACAAAAUACAUUGCGAAUAACUUGGUCUGAUGAGCCGCAUGAAUAUAUUGCUGGUGUAUUUGUAGCUCAAAGACUUAUGUGGAAUGAACUUUUGGAAGAUUUAAAAAAAAAACCUGUUCGUGAUCCUGAAAAAACAAAAGAAAAUAUUAAAAAGUCCAUGGAAAAUGAUCAGGACAUGGGAGUAGAUUCAUUGAUAGCUACAGUUAAAGAUCCAUUAAGUAAAAAAAAAAUGGAAUUGCCUGCAAGAGGUGUAAAUUGUAUACAUAUGCAAUGUUUUGAUGCAAUUCAAUUUCUUCAAAUGAAUGAACAAAAACAAACAUGGAGUUGUCCACUCUGUAAAAAAAAAGUAAAUUUUGAUGAUAUUGAAGUUGAUGGAUUUUUCUUAGAUAUUGUUCAAAGUCCAAAAAUAGAUGAUGAAUGUGAUAAUAUCAUUUUACAAAAAGAUGGAACAUGGAUUGUUAAACAACCAAAAGAAAAAAGUUCAGCAAUGGAAUCAAAUCAUUCUAAUAAUAUUGAAGUAUUUACUUUGUCUGAUUCAGAGUCUGAUUUAGAAGAAGAACCAAAAAGUAAACGUUCUAAGUAUAGUCCUUGUACUAGUAAUGAACCAUCUAUAAAAUCUGAAAAUAUUGUAGACGCUGAACCUAAUAAUUUAUCAAAAAAACAUGACAUUGAUGAAGAUUUAGUAUUAGAUCUAAGUGUAAAAAGUGGUUCAUCACCACCAUCAACUAGCUCUGAUUAUCAACCUAUUAUUACAUUACAUGAUGAGCCUGAUAAAUCACUGUUAGAGCCAUCUAGUUUAUUGAAUACUUUUCGAUAUCUUCCUAAUAUUACAAUUUCAGAAUCAAAAAACCCAGAUCUUAUGUCCGAUCCUGGAACAAAUAAUCACACAGAAAAGGAAAAUUCAAGAUCUGUAUUGUGUGUUAUUACAUUAGACUAAUAACUGCUUAGCUGUGAAACUGUAAAUUAUGUAUUAUAUAUUAAUAAAAAUUUUUAUAAAAAUUUAAUUCCAAUAUAAAUAAUACUAUAAUUUAAUUAACGAAAA